AUGUUCACUAUUAUCAUACUGAUGGUAUAUGGUAUAUCAGUGGGAUACCAUUAUGCUCAGAAAGAACUAGCCUCGUUCGCAAUGUCAUCAAGGUCAACUACGGAAGAGCCGAUUGUAAGACGUUCAGGUCAAGAUAGUAGGCCUGUGGUCCGACUGGUCGCCGUAAACCGAUCCGAAGUAGAACACGCUCCAGAACCUAUCCUCGAAGUUUACCAAACUAGAAGCCCAGGGGAAAAGGUAUUUUUGGAAGCAACGGAAACUCCAGUCGUGUUUUUGGAGACUGAAAGACCUCCGAAGGAGCCUGAGCUUUCACCACAUGAAAGAGAUUUAGCACGAAGAUUAAUUGGUAGAUUUAGACGAUCUAGAAAUACAACAACGACAAAAUAUAUCCCAUUUUUAAGACCUCUUAAUAGCACGGAACCACCCAUACCUCUGAUCGGAAAGUGA